UACGUCCUACUCACUACUGUCCUCUUUAGUCUUUGCAGUUUGCUUUAAUUCAAAUGUCACAUGAGCACAAAUAAAAAUACAAAUUGCGUAAAGUUUUCAAGAUUAUUCAUUAUCAUUCAAUAUUAGGAAGCCGACUUAGAUAAUAAAUUAUCUUAUUCUUAUCUUUAUUUCGUUUGUUGAGACAUUAAGGUGAAUACUGCUGCGUUACAAAAUUGUUAUGAGUGGUCUACUUCGGCCGAUAUCUAUAUUUAGGCAGGCGGUGCGGACGAAUAGAGCUGUCCAGUUGAAGAAUACCUUUACAACGGCAUUAGUCUGGAGAGCCAUGGAAGAUAAAGAAGCCUUGAAAAAACGCCUUACACCAAUACAAUACCAUGUUACCCAAGAAGCUGGGACUGAAAGACCUUAUACAGGUUGUUUUAAUAAGUUUUAUGAGGAAGGUUUAUAUGUAUGCAUAGUUUGUAAACAAGACCUAUUUAGUUCCAAAACCAAAUAUGAUUCUGGCUGUGGCUGGCCUGCUUUCAAUGAUGUUCUUGCAAAAGAAAAAGUUACCUUACACCAGGAUACCAGCGCAGUUGGGGCGAAUAUAUUACUGGUUUUAACACGGCCAGGUAUGGUGCGAACUGAGGUGCGAUGCUCCAAAUGCUCGGCUCACCUGGGCCACGUGUUCAAUGAUGGGCCGGUGCCCACCAAGAAACGGUUUUGUAUUAACUCGGCUGCAUUGGACUUCAUACCAGCAGAAGAACGAACGGACUAGUGUAAUAAGUUAAUAACUUAAGCUAAACAGGUUGUUGUCGAGGUCUUAUAAAGAAAAUAUUGCCCUUAAAUUAGCAUUAACUCGUAGACUAAGUUUGAUGUUGUAUUUAUGCUCUAUUUCAAACUUUAGUCUAAUAGUAAGUUAUUGCAAAAGAGCAAAUAUUUAUAUGAAUGAUAGGUGUGUAAUUUAUUGCAUAAUAAUACAUAACCUGCAGCUGCUUUAGAAAACGCUUACCGAUUAACAUAUUGUAAAUUGUAAUGUAUGUCGCGUUAAACUACCUUAGGUUAUUUUUUGAUUAAUGUACACUAUUUUUGUAAGUAUAUCAGUGUUUGAAUACCUCAAAAAUGUUUUGCACAUUAUUAUCUAUUAUUUAUUUAUACCUACAUAGAGUAUCCUAAGUUUAUCUCAAAGUUCUAUAAAUAAAUGUUUACUGCAGAUAAAUUUUAUUUUGAGGGUUCUAUAGCCACAGGUCAGGAAAAAACGAAUAGGGCUAUUUUUCAUUAAUCUAUUUAUUUUAGUUAGAACAUAAUGUGGCCUUUUGAGUUUGGAACCCUUGAUGAGCGUUAGUCUUAACUAUAGUUACCAUAUUGAGUCAAGAAUUUUCUUUUGUUGAUUUUAUAUUUUCAUUUAAUAGCCUUUGAUAGGGCUUAUAGUACAAAAUAUUCGUGUUAUGAAUAUUGAUUUGUUUUGUCACUGCUGCUAUUGAAAUAAAUAUGUUUUGAGAAUACAA